UUUUUAAAAAAUAUUUUCAGUGGGUUCCAUUUAUUUUAAUCCUUCAAGCAUGUUCUUUCUACAUUCCCCAUCUUAUUUGGAGAUCCUUUAAUUGGCUAAGUGGUUUUCAAGUUAAAGCUGUUGUUUCUGCAUCUAAAGGUGAAUCUAAUUUGAAUUUAUUUAAUUAAAAUUUAUAUUUAAAAUUAAAAUAAAGAAGUUGAACAACAAACAAAUGAUGAAGUAACUAAAAUAAUAGCAAAGUCACUCUUCCACGCUUCACAACAACAACAUCAACCGAUAUGUUUUGUUCAUAAACAACAUUUUGUUGGCUUCCUCUUUCUAACAAUGAAAUUAGCCUAUGUUUUACUCAUUUGUUUUCACCUUUGUUUAUUUAAAUUUUUCAUUGGCAAUAUAGAUUUUGCUAUUGGAAUUUUAGAUCAUAAAGGAGAAUGGAGACAAUCAGGACAUUUUCCUCGUGUAACUGUAUGUGAUUUUAAUGUUUACAAAUAUGCUCAACUUACAAACUUUACCGUUGAAUGUGUUUUGCCUCUAAACAUGGCUUGUUAUUUUAUUUAAAGUUUACAAACUUGAAGUUUUAUCUUUAAGUUUAAUGAAAAAAUUUUUGUGUUUUUCUUCUUUUGGCUUUGUUUUUUGCUUUGUUUAACUAUAUUUUCUAUUUGCUUGUGGAUUAGUAGAAUACAAACUCGAAGACGUUAUUUUCACAGACUUUUGAAUAUUUAUCAAAAUCGAAAAGGAUCUUCAACAUUAAACCAAUUUUCUGAGGAUAAUGGGAAAACCCCUUUAAUCUCCUCAAAUAUUCCAUUCAAAAAUAAUUCUGUUGAUUUGGAUUAUGGUGGUGAUUUAAGAAUUGUUUUAGGUUUAAUUCAAGAUCAGACUGGACUACUGUUUUGUGCUCAUAUAUUUCAUGAAAUAUGUAAAGUUCGAGAAAUGACAAGAGGAUUGAAUGAAGGGAAUACAUUUGAAGAACUUGAAGAAAAAUAAUUUUUUUUUUAAUUUUGUUUUAAUUUUCUUACUUGUUUUAUGUCGCCUGGACAACAAUACUUGACAAAAUACAAAAUUAAAAUUUUUCCACACAUUUUUAUAUUUAAUUUUUAUCAAAAACUUGUUG